AUGGUUCUCGACUCGUGGUCAAUCGUCGCUGUUGUUCAGCUAGCGGCCUACAUCCCAGCAAUCUGUCUCGCUAUCUACAUAUGCAAUCUCCAUGGCUUCAGCAAGAGUUCAGGAUGGUACUAUACGGUCACCCUGUCCCUCUUUCGCAUAGCAGGAGCUGCUUGUCAGCUCAUCUCCAUCAACAACAAAUCUAAAGGUCUCCUGGAGGCUGUGAUGAUCCUCAACCAUAUCGGCCUGGUCCCCUUAAUGCUGUCGACUCUAGGGAUGCUGUCGAGGUUAGCCGAUGUCAUCAAUGCCCAGUUGACCGACCCAGCUAUCUCGAUUAGGUACGUCCGGUUAAUGCAACUCAUUAUGCUGCUCGGAGCCGUGUUUGGAAUCAUUGGCGUGGAGAGCAAAUCAUCAAGCGGCACCUCUCCCUCUGCUUGGUCGUUCAAGCUUCCAGAGGACAUUUUGCUAGAUGUAUCAUUAUUCCAUGCUCUGCACCCGACUAUGGAACAGUGGACACAUGCCUGCUAUGGAAGGAUUAAGGAAUCUCCACGAGACUGUGUGCUUCUAAUUAACUGGGAUCGCACCAGAUCAUGGCUGGAGUUUUCGCAGUCAGAUAGCCAUGCAGAGCUGCUUUCCAGCCUCGGCUCUCACUCAGAUGUUCCAGUAGUCGGUGAGAUCAUCGACUUCGCCAGGGACUACGUCACGAUUGCGAUAUCUUCUCAUACCGAACUCAAGAGAGUCUAUUUCCCACCUUCAAUCUCACAAGAAACUCGCCGUGCCGUAUGGGACAGAGUGCGACAUCUGGGGACUACAGCUGCCUAUGGUAAGAAGUUUCAGCAUAGAUACCCGUACAGAGCAACCCCGAGCUUGGGAUGGGUUGACGGAAAUGUAAAAUGGGAGGGGCAAGAUGCGGUAGCAUGUGUCUGGGUUCAUAAGUGGAAGGAUCAGGAAGCUGAAGAGAAAUUCAAAGCCACUGAGCGAUAUCCGCACAUGAAGGAUGGCGAGCUCAUAAAGCCUCUAACUCUUGAUCUAUUUGAGCAAGGCCUGAGGGAUUUGGGUGCCUUGGGUUGGGAAGAGUGCCACGUUGGCUUUGAGACGAGGUGCUACAUCCCGUAA